AUGAGCGCCCUCAAGUUCUGCAGCAAAUGCGACAACAUGCUGUACCCGCAGGAGGACAAGGAGAUGCACACCCUCCUCUACGCUUGCUCGAAUUGCCAGCACCAGGAGAUUGCUACUGAUACUUGUGUGUACAAAAGGGUUCUUCGGAAAUCUGCUGAUGAACCUAAAGACACCCUAAAAGACGCAGCUGCUGACGCGUCUCUGCCACGCACCAGAAGUGUUAAAUGCUACAACUGUGGCUAUCCAGAAGCUGCUUAUUUCCAGGCCCCGACGAAGGGAGAGCUUGGCCUGACGCUGUACUUCAUCUGCUGCAGCCCUACCUGUGGCCACAGGUGGAGGGACUGA